CGGUGGAGGGGCGAGAACGUCGACUGCGUCACCAUGGGAUCCAACGACUGCUGCUGCGGGCGGCACAAUGUGGCCGUGGGGAGUAAACUGAUCGGAAUCACUUCGGCGGUGCUCUCUGCGCUGUCGAUUGUCGGCUUCAUCUGGAAGUUCGUGCAACUGAAGAGGAUUCAGGACAACGUGAUACAGCUGGUGGGACAUGAUGCCUUCGACAAGCACGUCUCCGAAAACUUUGAGUCGAGGCGCCAUACGAUGGGCGGCAUGGUGGGUGUUUCAAUUGUUUGUCUGCUGGUGGCCAUCGCCCUCAUCUUCGCCGUGAAGAAGAACAACCGGUUCCUGGCCCUGCCCUUCAUGAUCUGGUCGAUUCUCUGCAACAUCGCUGCGGGCAUUCUCGCAGCCUGCCUGAUCUUCUUCAUAGCCGUAAUCGAUUGGGAUAAGGCGGAGAGGGAAGGCCAAGUCAGUGAUUUGGUGGAGGCCUUCGUCGUGCCACUUGUCUUCGUUGUCAUCCAGUUCAUCAUCUACACCUGGUGGCUGGUCGUCGUGUUCGCCUUCUACCGCCUGCUGAAGACCGGACACGCGUUCGACAGCAUUCCCAUGCAGACCGCCUAGAAAGCGUCGCCAUCAACGCGUGACGCGUGGACUGGCGACAACCACCCCCUACCGCCAGCACGCCGGCGCGCGCUUUCCGGGGCCUUCUGGGGCCAUCGGCCCGCGCCGUCGUCACCUGGUGACUUCUCUGCACGCGCGCCAUCCACCGUCGCUCGGCGGGUGGCGGCCUCGACCUCAACCCGGCCGUAGGCCUCCCUCGCCGGCUCCACUGCCACGACGCCGGAGGCUGCCAGGUGGCGCCCUGCGGACCGGCCCCUCUGCGGACCGGCCUCUCUGCGGACCGGCCCCUCUGCGGACCGGCCCCUCUGCGGACCGGCCUCUCUGCGGACAGGCCCCUCUGCGG